AUGUCGUACCCCAAGCCGCUCAACACCCCGUACCCCCUGAUCGAUGCCGACCCGCACGUCAAGCGCGUGAUCAGCUACAUGCGGCCCACGGACUACGCCAUCUGGGGCGGAGCGACCUUCGCCGCGCCUGCCGCCCUCAACUUCUGGGAGCGGAUCGACCCCUCCAAGUCGGCCGGAUACAGCCUCCGGAACGCUGGACGGCUCGCCACCGUUGUCGGCUUUGUCGGCGGCUUCCUCCUCGCCUACCAGAGCUCUGCGCAGCGUUUCCUCGGUUUCAAGGAGAACGAGCGCGAGCAGGAGAUGGACAUGGAGGAGAUGACCAAGCGCGCCAAGCAGGGCCUUCCUCUCUACGGUGAGAGCGACCUCACCCCUUACAUGCAGGGUGUUGCUGCUCGCAACUCGACCUACUCCGUCUUCAAGAUUCAGGCUAUCCCUUGGUUCAACUUCGUCAACCACCCGUACCACGGUGUCGAUGUUGCCAAGUACUACAAGGCCGCUGGUGUUCCUGUCCCCAGCGCCAACUAG